AAAGUCGGGGAGAAAGUCACAUUGAAGUGUGGGGUCAGCAGCUACAGACGCUCUCUGCAGUGGCAUCAUGGAAAUGACCUUCUUCAUAGUGUUGAUCAGAGAGGCUACCCUCACAAAGGCAGUGCUGAACUUGUGCAGAGGUCAGCCGUGAGACAGACGAAUCUGGAAAUCUCCAGUGUGAGAGAAACAGAUGCUGGACGGUUCACAUGUUCGGCAGAUGGGACACGUCAUGAACAUUCACUUUCUGUGUUCUCAGUUUCGGUCUCGUCAAACCCUCUGCUGUUCUCAAGCCGAAUGAUGAGGCAACGCUUCAGUGUGAGGUGAAAGGUCAGCCCCAAGGAUGUGAAGUGAAGUGGCAGAGUCCAAAUACAGAUUCUCCCACAAAUCCAUCAACAGUUCAACUGAAACCUGUAACAAGCUCACAUAACGGGGCCUGGGAGUGUAUCGUCACCUGUGGCAGCAAUAAGUUUAGUCAGAGUCUGACCAUCACAGUUCAAAGAGCCUCCAACUACAACAACUACAACAACUCCACCAACCACCCGUAAGAACGUCACAUUGUUUGUAACGAGUGUUCAGAAGACAACAUGUACAACAUGUACAACAUGUACUGCCAACGAUUGCCCACUGGGACUCUCCUGUUGGAUGUGGAUUGCAAUCGGAGUCUGCUGUCAGUUUGGGAUCUUCCUGAUAGUUUGUGUCAUUGUCUUGUGUAAGUGCAUGAGUAGAAGGAGGGUAUGUGAGGAAAGGCGCUCAUCAAAUAUUUAUGUGUAAAGUUGAUCGUUGACGAUGAAACAAAAAAUGGGUUAAGUCUAAAUGAGUGUCUCAGAUUGAGUAUUACACUCUUCAGUAAAUUGGUGCAGAUGUACAGAUGAAAUGUUCGGUUUGUUUCCUGGACCUCGCUGAGUAAAACUGAGAAGCACCUAAAAUCUGUGAAACAUCUGUUCACACUUUACUUGCAAAUGACACUUUAUUGCCAAAAGCGUUCACUCGUCUAAUUUCAUACACAUAUGAACUUGAGCGGCAUCUCAUUCUCAAUCCUUGAGGUUUAAUAUGAUGUAGGUCCAACCGUGGCAGCUUAAACUCUUAUGGGAAGGCUUUCCAAAGAUUUAGGAGUGUUUAUAGGAAUUUUUUGACUGUUCUUCCAGAAGCACAUUUGUGAGGUCAGACACUGAUGUUGGACAAGAAGUCCUGGCUCAGAGUCUCUGCUCUAAUUCAUCCCAAAGGCGUUCUGGCAGGUUGAAGUCGCGACUCUGUGCAGGCCAGUCACGUUGUUCCAACAGGAACAGGAAGAGACCAUCCCAAAACUGUUCCCACAAAGUUGGAAGAAUGAAAUUGUCCAAAAUGUCUUGGUAUGCUGAAGCAUUAAGAGUUCCUUUUAUUAGAACUAACCAGCUGAGCCCAACCCCUGAACAACAACCUCACACAAUAAUCCCCCUCCACCAACCUUUACACUUAGCACAAAGCAAUCAGACAAGUAGCGUUCCCCUGGCAACCGUCCAUUGCAUUGUCCAGAUGGAGAAUCUUGAUUCGUCACUCCAGAGAACAUGUCUCCACUGCUCUAGAGUCCAGUCGUCGUGUGCUUUAUGCUGAUCUGAAGAUCACAUGAAGGUUGGAGGUCUGUAGUGAUUGACUCUGUGAUUUUAUGUGUCCUACAUCUUCAUGGGUGUGUUCUGUUUUCCACUUUGCUACAAUGCCACUAACAGCUGACCGUGGAAUAUUUAGUAAUGUGGAAAUUUAGAAACGAAGUGACCAAAACAUCUGAAUUUAAUGAUUUGGAUGCUUGAGUGAAUAUUUUGAGUAUAAUAUUAAGUCCCAAACAAGAGCAACAUUUCUGAGCCUCCUCACAUCCUGUCUGUUUAUUUCCACUGCCAUAAUUUGUCACUGCUUCCUCUUCUUUUAUUGGACGAUUACAGCUUGGUGUCACCACUUCAGCAUUCAGCCUCUUCCUGCACCUGCUAGUCUGAGGAAAUAGCAAAAUAUCCAAACAAACAAAAAACAACAACAGAAUAACAACAAAAGUGUGUUACAACAAAAAAGCACCAAAACAACUUGUUUUUCUUUGGUUUGGUGAGAUUUGAAGAUUCUUGUUUUGUCUUGUUUUUUAUUUCAGAAAGAAACGCUUUGUUACUUCUGCUGUGAUAAAUAAAUGUUUUUCUGUCAGGCUGUGUGCUUUUUCAAUUUUUGUUUCUGAUUUUUUUUUUCUACUUUUUCCUAUGUGAUGUCAAAAAGAGUGGAUAAUGUUAAUGGUGUUGUUAAUUUCUCAGCUAUAUAUCUUUAUCUUUGAGCUCAUAAGCCCCACCCUCUUGCCUUUCUUGUCUUGUACUUGUCAGCGGCAGCCAAUCAGAAGGUUUUCUCACAGAGAGUAGGGCUGAAUAUUAGAUGAAAAUCAGAUAAAUAAGGCUCACCUGUCAAUCGAUAUGACCAGCUGGUGCCUUUUGGGGAAGUUUUAAUGGACUGUGUGACUAAUAUUCUCAUAACUGAUAACCAACCCAGAAGUCUGUGCUUCAGUUCAGGUGAAGAUCUCAUUGCAAAAGUCGGGCAGAAAGUCACAUUGAACUGUGGAGUCAACAGCUAUAGAAAGUCUCUGCAGUGGCUUCAUGGAAAUGACGUUCUUUUUACUGUUGGUCAGACAGGCUUCACUCGCAAAGGCACUGCUGAACUUGUGCAGAGGUCAGUCGUGAGACAGACGAAUCUGGAAAUCUCCAGUGUGAGAGAAACAGAUGCUGGACGGUUCACAUGUUUGGCAGAUGGGACACGUCAUGAACAUUCACUUGUUGUGUUCUCAGUUUCGGUCUCUCCCUCUGCUGUUCUCAAGCCGAACGAUGAGGCAACGCUUCAGUGUGAGGUGAAAGGUCAGCCCCAUGGUUGUGAAGUGAAGUGGCAGAGUCCAAAUACAGAUUCUCCCACAAAUCCAUCAACAGUUCAACUGAAACCUGUAACAAGCUCACAUAACGGGGCCUGGGAGUGUAUCGUCACCUGUGGCAGCAAUAAGUUUAGUCAGAGUCUGACCAUCACAGUUCAAGAGCCUCCAACUACAACAAAGUCGCCACCCAAACCGAAUGGCAAGAGUGAGAAAACCUGUGACACAAACUGCGGUAACGAUGAUGCUUCACCGAGGCUGUUGGGGCUCGCCUGGUGGGUGUGGGUUGCCAUUGGUGUUGGCUGCCUGGUUGCGAUUCUCCUGAUGGUUUGCGUCAUAGUCUUGUGUGUGAGAGUCAAAAGAAGGAAGAAGAGAUUUCUGAAGAUGAAGGGCCAACAACGACCCAGGCAUAAGAAAUACUGCCAGUGUGACCACCCAACAGCUGCAGCAAAACCGAAGCAAGGACGCCGGAGAGAGAAGCCAUCAGCCCUCCCUCUGCACCCCGCCUAAUGGAGUGACAUGAAAGGCAGAUUGAAAGGAGGGGAGAUGCAGGAGAAUAAAGAGUGAAAGAGAGGAGGGGCAAGGAGGAAUAGAUGGAGAUAAGGAGUGAGUGAUGGAGAACCCCAGUGCGGACACGGCGUGAAUGUAAAUUAGGCUUUUAAUGCAAAUAAAAAUUCAAUGUAAUGAUGUAGGAACUUUUUGUGUAGGCGUUCUUUCUGCAAGUAUAAUUCCCGUCUGAACACUGUUUGUCCUAAACAUUUCACCCCUCCACCCCACCUCCACCCCUCUCCAUCCACCCACCGGAUGUCCUUGGACUCUCCUCCCAAAUCCUGUCACCUGACUCCCCGCGCUCACCUGCAUGUCUCCAGUCAGUGAGCCGUGACAUCCUCGGCUGUUUUCUUUGUCAGAUUGUCAAUCUUCCUCCAAGCGUUGUUGCUUCUUUUUUAUUUUAUUUUUUUGUGUGUUGGCUUUUUUGUUUUUUUUGGCCUGUCUGCCUUUUAAGCACAAUUGUAACUAAAGAUCUGCACUCGUUUUGCCUCAACAUUUAUACGUCAUUUUAAAUGUAACGCAUUUAUCGAGCUGAUUAAAGAGAAUGUCUUUCUUGUGUUUUUCUGCUCAUAUGUAAGAUAUUUCUUUUCUUCUUGUAUUGCUUUAAAAUCAAAUGUUUAUUUUUUCCAUUCAAUAAACUUUUACUUGACGACAACAUUUGCUCAUUUAUUUCUAUCUGCAUGUCACAAUCA